AUGGUUACAUCGACUGGCUGGCGACAGGGCAGGGUACUUGGAGACGAGCUGCUACCGUUGAGAUGGAGUCUAGGCGUGUGUCUCAGGAGAAUACAUAGUUCACCGGUGAAAGCCGUUGCCCUGUUCAAGCUGGGCUUGGGGGCGCGCGAGCUUGACAGCCUUGUUACGGCAACCUUCAAUAAUACACAGCGGUCAUUGUUGAGGUUGGACAUACCGGACUGCAAUACGGAAGGGCCACUAGUCGAAUGA